AAAGGAAACACAAACAUACAGACUCACAACUCCAAGCCAUACCUUCACAGAGACUAUGAAGAUGACAAUACUGCUCUGUGCUAUCGUGCUCCUCUCUCUCUCUGUUUUUGCCAUGGAUGAAGAAAGAUGCCCACAGCCCAGAGAGCCUCAGUGUGAGGUGUAUGAAGGCGGCAUGUGCUCCAGAGAGUUUGAUCCUGUGUGUGGGAGCGAUGGCAACACAUACACCACCGAGUGUGUGCUGUGUCGUGAGAAUAAGCUUAAACACAAGCAAGUCCUGGUCAAGCAUGGAGGAGUGUGUGAGGCAUAACAAGAAGUCUCUCUGGACACCUGUCCUGCCGGAAUGAUCCAGAGGAGGAGUAUCACUGGACAUCAGCUUUCGAAAUCUGUAGACUAAUAAAAUUAUGAAGCAUGAAAAUGUAGUCUCUUCUCUUAUGAAAGCUAAUAGAAUAUUAUGGAAGUAUAUUGAACAAAAAUAUGGGACCACCACUUUACAUGUUGCAUUUAUGUUUCAUGAGCUGAAAUAAAAGAUCCCAGAAAU